AUGGAAUCAACAAGUGAAACAAUGCCAGAUACCUCCAAAGCUGACCACCUCUGUGUUUUAGUCCACGGACUUUGGGGAAACCCUUCGCACCUUGAUUAUAUCGCAUCUGCUCUGAUAGAAAGAUACAGCGAUGAUGACCUUUACAUCCUGCGCCCGAAAACGAAUAGCGGCAACUACACCUACGACGGAAUCGAGUUGGGCGGAGAACGCAUAGUGCACGAGAUCGAGGAGACGCUUGAAUCCCUAACCAAGAAGGGACAAAAUAUCACAAAAAUCAGUGUGAUUGGAUACUCGCUUGGUGGCCUACUCGCGCGCUAUGCAAUCGGUUUGCUUAAUGCACGGGGUUGGCUGGAUAAGCUGGAACCCAUGAACUUCACGACCUUUGCCACGCCACAUGUUGGAGUGAGAGCCCCACUGAAGGGGUAUAAGGAUCAGAUUUUCAAUGUUCUAGGGUCGAGGACGCUCUCGGCAUCUGGCCGCCAAAUGUGGUUGAUCGAUUCCUUCCGUGAUACUGGGCGGCCGCUUCUCGGUGUUUUGGCUGAUCCAGAGAGCAUCUUCAUAGCUGGACUGAAGAAGUUCCGGCAGCGGAGUGUAUAUGCAAAUAUCGUCAAUGACCGCUCAGUUACCUUCUAUACAUCUGGUCUCUCUAAAGUGGACCCCUUCCGUGAUUUGGAAGACGUGAAUAUCAACUACGUCAAGGGUUAUGAAGAUGUCAUUAUCGAUCCCGACCUUCAUGUGCUUCCUCCGGUGGAACAGGAGCCUGGAACCGCUGCAGGGCGAUUCUGGAAGAAAUUAAAAUCGGCGACCCGUUCGAUACCUCUAUCACUCCUGCUCAUUGCUCUCGUGCCCCUGGCUUCUGUACUCUUCUUGAUAAAUGCUGGGAUCCAGACAUGUCGCAGCUCAAAGCGCAUUCGUAUGCAUGAAGUUGGUGAAAAUGGCAAGCGCUUCGGAAGAUACAGAGUACCGGUUUUGAUUCAAGACGCUCAGCAUGUUGUGGAGCAGGCCUUUGAGAACGCCAAUGCCAUACAAGAACCAGCUUAUUUGUCCAACAGCGACACUGAAGUGUCUGACACAGCACCUGAGAAGUUCGCUAGAUCAUCUGUCUCGAAGUCUGUGCAAAACGAUGCCGACCCUGAGUCUGCAUCAGCUAGACGUUCAUCAACGACAGAGGUUUCGACACAUUAUCCUAAGCUUGCACUGACUCACGAACAAUUUGGAAUAAUCGAUUCCCUCGACGCAGUGGGCAUUCGGAAAUAUCCUGUCCACAUACAGAAACACCACCACAGCCACGCAGCUAUCAUCGUCCGGGUCGAGAAGGAUGGAUUCCGAGAGGGCAAGAUUGUGAUGAAGCAUUGGUUGGACAAUGAAUUCGCGUUAUGA